CUUCAAGUAGUGAACAUGAUGUCUGUCUUAGCUCAACGAAAGAUUUCCUUCCUAAUUGAUGAUCUUCUACGAGAUACCGCUSAGCAGGAGAAUAAGCUGCCCGCUGACACGCCCGCAGUUGUAACCACUGGGUUUCCACGAUAUUGCUUCCCUCCAAAGAACUUGAGUCGCUGUGAGUCUGCACUUGAAUCAUCGAGAGAUGAAGAUCCACUGAGUCGAAUGGAUUCCGUUAGUUCUUCACCUGACAGCGAUACCGAGUCUUCUAAAGAUUCGUCCGAACCGUCAGACAAUUGCGACAACACUAACAACGGCAACAAAUCUCGCCCAUCCUUCUCAUCCCAUCAAGUUGACACGCUCAAGUCCAUCUUCGCCUACAAACACUACCUCGGCAAAGCCGAACGUAAGAAGUUAGCCGCUGACCUCAACAUGACUGACGAGCAAGUGAAGACCUGGUUUCAGAACAAGAGAACCAAGCUGAAGAAAAAGAUGUUUGCUCAAGUUGACGAGCACUACGCAAAGAUGCUGUAUUUUAGAGACCUCGUUAGUAGUAUGCCACCAGAACAUCAACGAGAGUUUGGUUUCCAUAGUUAUCCUGAGUAUCCUGGCCUUAGUGGUAUGCCAAUUCCAUCUCCUGAUAGAACAGUUCCCAGUGGCAUGGCUUAUUAUUCAUAUUAAAUGUAAAAUGAUUGAGAUUAAAGAUGUAAUGAUUUGUUAAAGUGUUAAUAAAAUAUU